AUGGGGAGCAGCGAAGAAGGUCGAGCGACCACCCGGAGCCAAGUGCUUUCGGAGAUUCACCAACCGUCGCCAGACGUCAAUGAAGAAGAGAAACAACUUGUCUAUCAGGCACCUGAAGGGCCUGAUGGCGGUCUCCAGGGCUGGCUUCAGGUCGUUGCGGCUUUCCUCCUUGUAUUGGAUGGCUUUGGCUUCAUCACGGCCUUUGGUGUCUUUCAAGCACACUAUCGUACUAUUCUGCCGGACACUGUCACCGACAGAGACAUCUCAUGGAUCGGAUCAAUGCAGAUAUUCCUUCUUUUCCUCUUGGGAACGGUCAGCGGCAGGCUCAUCGAUGCUGGGCACUUUAGAAUCACAUUGAUCGUGGGGUUCGUCUUUCAAAUCGGAGGUGUCUUCGCAGCUUCGUUUGCCAGUCAAUACUGGCAAUUUCUGCUCUCGCAAGGCAUCGCCACUGGCAUCGGCAACGGGAUGCACUUUACAGGCCUUGUCUGGUUGGUCUCGCAAUACUUCACCAAGAAGCGAGGCCUGGCUCUUGGAAUCAGCUCAUGCGGUGCCCCUAUCGGCGCAGUCCUGUUUACCGUCAUUGCACGCCAGAUGAUUGAAAAACCGGGCCAUCAGUGGACGCUUCGUACGAUGGGUUUCCUGAUUCUCGCUGACAGUAUCGUCAUCUUUCUCAUCGCUCGGCCCAAGGCGGCUACGCGCAAAGGGGGACCUCUAUUGGAACUGUCAGCUUUCAAGGAGCUGCCGUACCUGCUUUUUACAAUUGGCAUGUUUUUUGCCCUUUUAGGUGUCUACUUUGCAUACUACUACGUCCCCAAUUUCGGUCGCGACAAGCUAAAGCUUCAACCAAACGAAACUCUGACAGUUCUCAUUGUCAUGUCAGCCGUGGGAAUCAUUGGGAGAUUGAUUCCGCCGUUCAUCGCCGACAAGAGCAUACGACCUUUGAGAACACUAGUCAUCUCCCUGCUCCUCAGCAGCCUCAAUCUCUUUGCGUGGAGUGCUGUAAGCUCGACUGCUGGGCUCUAUGUCUGGGUCAUCGCCUACGCUUUCACGGCCAACGCAGUGCAGACGCUGUUUACCGCGUCCAUGGGCGAGGUCACAUCCGACAUGUCCAAGCUUGGUGUGAGAAUUGGCAUGGUUUUCACCAUUGUCAGCUUUGCCUGUCUGGUUGGAUCCCCUAUCGGGGGAAGUCUCGUUGAUAUCAACCAUGGCGAUUACACGUAUGCACAGAUAUUUGCUGGCGCAUCCAUGCUGUUGGGUGGCCUGCUUGUUGCAAUGGCAAAGAUCAAGCAGGUUGGUCUGAAGCAAUUCUGGCGUAUUUAA